GCCGGGGCGAAACGACCCCGAGACAGCGGACGCGACCGAGCUAGACGGCGAUCUGAUGGAGGCCCAGAUCACGCAUAAGUAUCUCCCAGUCAUGACGAAGCUCAUCUUCAACGCAGCGCUGAAGCAGAGGCAGAUCGAAUCUAUCGAGGCGAAAACCUUCCUGAUGUCGUCGGGCACGCAGCCGGCGGCGAAGGCGAAGUCGCGCGCAAAGGCGAGUCUCCGCACGCCCGAGAGGCACAGGUCGAUGCUACCAAAGGCCGAGGCGGGGCCGAAUCUCGCGGAGAUGGGCGCCAUCUCAGUAGCGCGCUACGGAGGGCAGCGCGGCGGGGCGCGUCAGCCAGCGGGCGUUAGAAGCAUUGGCAAGCAGCAGAAUGCCCUCGCAAUUUGCGGGAUGGGAGAG